AUGGCAAGGUGGCUUGUUCAGAAGGUGUGUUCCAGAGGCAGAUAUUCCAGGAAUCCUACAUCACUGCCAUGGUUCAUCUUACGCAGGCCACUUCGCUACAUUCAAAACAGUUUCCAAAAUCCUUCAAGCAGGUUUCUGGUGGCCAACUAUGUUCAGGGAUGCUCAAGCCUACAUAGCCAGGUGCGAUGCAUGCCAACGACUUGGAACAUCAGCAAGAGGAAUGAGAUGCCUCAGAAUUACAUUCUAGAGGUUGAGGUGUUCGACUAUUGGGGAGUCGAUUUCAUGGGACCAUUCCCUUCAUCCUUCAAGAACGAGUACAUCCUCGUCGCCGUUGACUAUGUAUCUAAGUGGGUAGAAGCGAUAGCAAGCCCUACUAAUGAUGCAAAAGUGGCGACUAAGAUGUUCAGCUCCAUCAUCUUUCCGAUAUUUGGAGUGCCUCGAGUCGUCAUUAGCGAUGGUGAAACACAUUCAUCAACAAGGUGGCAACCGCUUAUCAUCCGCAGACGAGUGGACAGGUUGAGGUUUCCAAUAGGGAGAUCAAGAGCAUUCUCCAAAAAACUGUCAACACUUCACGAAAGGAUUGGACACUUAAGCUGGACGAUGCAUUAUGGCCUACAGAACAGCCUACAAAUGCCGCUGGGAACAACUCCCUAUCACCUGGUCUACGGUAAAGCAUGUCACCUCCCUGUCGAGCUCGAAUACAAAGCUGCAUGGGCAGUCAAGUUACUGAAUUUCAACAUCAAGCCAGCAACCGAGCGACGCAUGAUCCAAAUCCAUGAGCUGGAAGAGAUAAGGCACCUCGCCUAUGAAAGCUCCAAAAUUUACAAGGAGAAGACCAAGGCAUACCAUGACAAGCGCAUCAUUGCCAGACAUUUUGAACCAAACGAUAAGGUCUUGCUUUUCAAUUCAAGGUUGAGGUUGUUCCCAGGCAAGCUGAAGUCUAGAUGGUCCGGACCCUUCACUAUUAAGGAAGUUCGACCCUACGAGCUGUUGUGUUACUGGACAGAAAAGGAGACGAGUUCGUAG